UGCUAUUGACAUUUGUUAGCUUUUAUUAUUUUACUAAUCUAGCGUAACCUACGCGACUAAUUUCAAAAUACAAUUCAUAUAAAUUCUUCCUUAAGUUGUACUUGUCAAAUAUAUUGAUAAAAUUUCAAGUUCUUUUACCACAAAAUGACCGCGAUAAUAUCAACUUAUCGCCAUGAUUAUACCGCGCCGAAAAAUGCGCGUUACAGCUUUCUCAAGAAAGUUCAAAUAAAUGCUGACCCGUGUAAAGAAAUUUGUCCCUGUGUGGAGGAAAAGCCACGAGCUGACUUAUCAAAGUUGGGUGAAAAAUGUGAAACAACAAAUUGGACGGGGACUGCUCCAGCCGAGAAAAUGGAUGUACCACAUAUGGCUGCGGAGCCACCACUAAUGGCAAGGGAGGCGUCAACUGAUCCUUGCUUUCACGACCAACCAAAUCGAUUUCUCAAAACCAUUUCGAAUACUUAUCCAGACCUUUACGAAAGAUUGAAGAAUAUGCCGCAUGAUGAGCUUCGACGUAGCAUUGAGAACAGUCGCUUCAGGACCACGUAUCAGGUAGAUUAUUGUCACUUGGAUGAACACGCACCGCGCUUCUAUGAAGACUCAAAAGAACGAAAGGACGAGGCGCAGUAUCGCAUGGCGAAGUUAAACGAUCCAUGUGAAAUGUUUGACACGAAUGAGUAUCAAGUGAAAGGUCGUUUUGGAGGAGGAGAUGGACCCUUCGGUGGUGGAAAAGAAGAGGCCCCUUUGGAGGAGAUAAAAAUGUAUAAACCCGUAAAGGAAGCUCCUAAGCAAGAAGAAGGACGAAAAUCAACAAGUCAUUGGGAUGCGGGAAAAUUUACUAAACAACUAAAUUUAUCAGAAUAUAUGGAUACCAUGUGCCGGACAGGAUUAAUUGUGCUAGAAAGCAACUUGCAUGAUCACUCUGCUUGCCGCAAAGGCAAAAAUUGUAAUCAUGUAAUAAAGAGCAAGGACCCCAAAGGCUUGAAACUUCUAAUAAAUAAAUUUCAAUGAAGCUGUUUCGCUGGUAUUUCGAAAUUUGGAUGUGAAAAUAAAUAAGAUCAUUUGCAGAUGGUUCGCCCCUUUUUACAGUAAAGAAUAUUUUUAAAAUGAUUUUUCCGCCUUUUCAAUUUUA